AUGCUUCAAAGAGGAUUUUCCUUGUCUUCAUUACCUUCUCAAAAUUUAAAUAAUUCAUCAAAUGACUUAUCACCAAGAUAUACUACAUUGCCAUCUUCAUUUUGUGGACAACAACAACAACAACAACAAUUUCAACAACAAAACCAACAAAAUCAACAACCAAUACCACAAGUUCACUUAUUACAUCCAAACUCACAACUUCAACAAUUUCAACAACAAUUAAAAGUUUCCAGAUAUGAAGAGGAUUUUUGUGAAAUAGAAAAAGUUGGAAAAGGUGGAUAUGGAUCAGUUUUUAAGGUAAAGAAUAAAUUGGAUGGAGAAUAUUAUGCAUUGAAAAAGAUACCAUUUAAAAACACCACCAAAACCUUUUUAGAAAAGGUUUUGAGAGAGGUAAAAACUUUGGCAUCAUUAAAUCAUAGAAAUAUCGUUAGAUACCAUUCAGCUUGGUUAGAGACUGAGGAAUUAUUACCACCAUCAUCAUCAAUGGCAUCAACAUCAUUGUCAACCUCAAAUGGUAAACAAAUUGAUAGUGAUAUCAAAAAUAUCAUUUAUAACAAUCAUUUAUUAUUCGAUGGCAAUUGGGGAACCACUUCAGAAGAGGCUUCCUACUUGAAUGAGAGUGAUAAUCCAUGUAAUCGUAGAGUUAAUAAAGCCAAAAAGAAAGUUUCACCACAAAAAAAGAAAAAUGUAAAUAAUAAUAAUAAUAACAGUAAGAAAAAAGCUUUGGACCAAUCUGGUGCAGGUGAUGAUAAUGAUGAUGAUAUUUCAUCAUCAUCAUCGUCAUCUUCUUCAUCAUCAUCUGAUGAUAGUUUAUAUAAACUUCAAUUCCCACAUGAUGAAGAUUUUAAACAAUUUAAUAAACAAACAUCAAUUCGAGAAUCAAUGAUCAAUUCAUCACGUUUUAAAAAGAGUUAUGAUGAUUCUGAUGAUUCAAAUGAUGUUAGUAGUAAUGGAGUUGGCUUCUUUAAGACACCAAAAAAACAUUACACAAGUUUUAGUUUGGAUGAUGGUUCAGAUGAAGAAUCCGAUGAAGAUGAUUCUCAAGGAUUCGAUGACACAAAUCGUAGUACUAUGACUAAUAUACAAAAUGAUACUGAUACUGAAUCAUUUAAUCAUAGUCGUCAUCGUCGUUCAUUUUCAUCAAGUGAAGGUGAGGAAGAAACAGAUGAUGAUUCAUUAUCAGAAUCUGAUAGUGAUUAUAGUGGUGUAUUUGAAAAUAAUGAUGAUUUAAUUCCAAAUCCAUCAUCAAUUCCAACUUCAACAACUCCACCAAUCUCAAUGCCACCAAAACAAUACCAACAACAACAACAACAACAACAACAAAAAUCACAACCACCAAGUUUAAGAUCAUCAUUAACUCAAAAUAAUUCUUUAUUAAAACCAUCAAUAAAUAAUAAUAAUAACAAUAACAAUAAUAAUAAUAAUAAAAAUAAUAUUGUUUCACCAAAAAUUAAUAGAAUUACAACAUUAUUUAUUGUGAUGCAAUUAUAUUCUCAAACUCUUAGUCAAUGGUUAGAAAAUAGACCACCUGAUCAAGUUAAUGAAGAAGAGAAUUUAAAUAUUUUUAAACAGAUUUGUAUUGGUUUAAGAUAUAUUCAUUCCAAGGGAAUCAUUCAUAGAGAUUUAAAACCUGGUAAUGUAUUUUUAGUUAGAGAAGAGGAUCACCACCAACAAUCAUCAUUUAGCAAUAUAUCAAGUUCAUUUGAAGAAAAUUCUGAUGGAGGUGGCUUAUUGGUAUCAUUGGGUGAUUUUGGUUUAGCUGUUCAACAUACUAUCGUUUCAUCAACUCCUUCUCCAACUCCAACUUCAACUCCAUCAUUAACACCU